UUAACAGUUUAAUCUUCAUCCCCAAACUGCAACCACAUCGAGGUGCAUCUCCAGUUGACUGUGGCAGCUCCUUGCAAGUUGUGGGCUGCGUUUUCUGCGGCGGAGAAGAAGGCCGUGGCCGGCGUGCGUCGGAGCAGAGGGCAGCGGCAGUGGUGGCUUCCUUCCGGCGUUGGUUUGGUUUGAGUGCAGAGAAUGGAAGAAAGUGAGGAGUUGCAAUCGAUUCUGUCGUAUCUACCACUUCUCAUGCGUUCUUCUUCUCUGUUUUGGCCAUCCCAAGCGGUGGAAACGCUCAGAGAACUCGGAGGCGGCCGAGUUGACUCGGGCUACCUCUUGUUCCAGGCUAUUUCUCACCUCAGAAACGCUCUUUCUCUCUCUUCCGAACCCUUAUCCCCUUCCACUGCGCUUGGGUACGCACUCUUUUUCGACGAGGUUAUGUCUGGAGAGGAAUCUAGGAAGUGGUUUCGGGAGGUGGUUCCGGUAUUGGGCAAUUUGCUCUUGAGAUUGCCCUCUUUGUUGGAAACACAUUAUCAAAACCCUCAUAAUUCUAUGCGCACAGCAACUGCUCUUCGUUUAUUGGAUUCGCAGCUACCGGGGAUAAUCUUCCUUAGCCAGGAGUUGAUUGCUGCACUUCUUGGGUGCUCGUUCUUUUGUCUAUUCCCAGUCAAAGACAGAUAUGUGAAUCAUCUUCCGGUGAUCAACUUUGAUGAAUUGUUUGCGAGUCUGUAUGAAGAUUACAAUCAAAAACAGGAAAAUAAGAUUUGGUGCAUCAUUCACUAUUUUCAAAGAAUAAGUUCUAACAUGCCCAAGGGUAUUGUCUCAUUUGAGCGAAAAGUACUUCACUUAAAAAAUGAUUAUACUCACAUUUCUUGCCCAGAUGCCAAUUUUUGGAGCACUUCUACUGUUCCUCUAUGCAGAGUUGAGGUUCACAAUUCAGGGCUCAUAGAAGAUCAAUCAAGUGACGCUGUCGAAGUCGAUUUUGCAAAUAAAUAUCUUGGGGGAGGAGCUCUUGGUAGGGGCUGUGUACAGGAGGAAAUCCGUUUCAUGGUCAGUCCAGAAUUGAUUGCUGGGAUGCUUUUCUUGCCAGCCAUGGCAGAUAACGAGGCUAUAGAAAUUGUUGGUGUGGAAAGGUUCUCAAGUUAUACAGGGUACGCAUCAUCAUUUCGAUUUUCUGGUGAUUAUGUGGAUGAAAGGGAAGUAGACGAUCUUGGAAGAAGGAAGACUAGGAUUGUUGCAAUCGAUGCAUUAUGUAGCCCAGGGAUGAGACAAUACAGGACGAAUUUUCUCCUCCGUGAGAUCAAUAAAGCAUUCUGUGGUUUUCUGUACCAAUGUAAAUAUCAACUAUAUCAGAAAAAGUUGCAAGAUAAUGGAUGUUCAUCUGCACUGGUUGGUCUUUUCCGAUGUUUUUUCUGCAAAUUUGAUGCUGCCACCUCAACAUCUAUGGAAACAAGUGAAGGAAAAUUUUCAGAUCACAAAACUACUAAUUCUCAAAACGAUUACCAUAGCAUGGAUCAGGGUAAUAAUAUUGGGGUUGCAACUGGAAACUGGGGAUGUGGUGCAUUUGGAGGAGAUCCUGAAGUAAAGACAAUAAUUCAGUGGCUUGCAGCUUCUCAGGCUCUAAGACCUUUCAUAUCAUACUACACAUUUGGCUUGGAGGCAUUACAGAGCCUAGAUGAGGUUGCUCAUUGGAUUUUGUCACAGAGAUGGACAGUUGGGGACCUAUGGAACAUGCUAGUUGAGUACUCAACAAGUAGAUCAAAAGGAGAAACCAAUGUGGGUUUCCUUCACUGGCUUCUGCCAUCAAUAUAUGGCCAUGGUACUGGGAUGGAUUUGUCAAAUCUGGCUUAAUCUUAUGUUAUCAAACAUCUCUCUCCUUUGCCGAUGCCUGUUCUGAAGAAGAAGAUGUGAAAAGGAAACAUUUUUAUAAAUUUUUAUGUCCAAUGAAGGAAAGGUACAAGGCAACCUUUGUUGAUCAGCAUCAGCGAAAUUCUUAUCUCUUAUCUUACAGGCUCCAAAAUGUUUCUUUCCAAGUGAUUCAGACGCAGCUGCACUGUUUCAGCUGUAGUGAGGUCUACUGAGGCAGAAUGAUUUUUGGAAUUUUUGUAUUGUUAUACACAUGUUUGUAUUUUGCCUUUUGAUUACAUGUUGAAUCUCAAAACUUUUAUUCUAUUAUGUCACCAACAACAAAAGAAAAAGAAACUAGUGUAGAAAAUCUGUCACUCUACUAGAAAUUAGUGUACACUACUAGUUCUUAAUGUAUAUGAUGGAAUUCUUCAUAUUUUGAUGUAUAUAGUUUAUGUUCCUAUUUUUA